GUCAGGCAUGUGGAGACAGACUACAGUUGGGCCCUGAUUCAAGCGGUUCUCCUUUCUUUUAACAAAGAAAGCGUUUCAGCUUACCUUAACCGGUGUUUUGCCAUUUGCAGGGGCAAACAGAAGUGGAAGACUUUCAGAAGCUCUACAUUUAUCCACCUCUGUUCUGCCCAUGUGCUGAAAGCUGUGGCCCAAGUAAUUGGCAGACAUGUAACAGAUAAAGGACACCGUGAAUUUCUUAUAUUCGUGUUUGCCAGGCUGCAAAACAGCCAGUCAUUGCAAGAUGGCGUCGAGAUUUUCCGGUGUCUUUGCAUUAUCUUGCUUGCCAAGACCAACAUUACAGCUGUCAAAGACUGCCUGCAAGCACUUCAAAGAGUAAUUCGCCGGUUCAAGUGUGAACCCAGUGUGAAAGAAGAUCCUACUCACAUUAAUCCUGAGGAAGAAAUUGAGCAAGCAAAGACCAUUGUGGGCAGAUCACCCUUUUCUGCUGUCUUCCAAGGUGUUUAUGAAGAUGCUGCAGUAGCCAUUACCACAGAGGAGUCACCGGAAGAGAACAUCUAUCACUGCCCUGGGAUCAUCAAAGCACUAAUGGAUAACUACAUGGCCAUAUUUCCCAUGUGGAGUGGAAUAAUGUUGGGAGACUUGAGAAGACAUGUGGCAGACAUCGACAAAAGGAAGGAAGAAAGGGAUUCGGAGGACAACAGGAAAACAAGGGAAACCAAUUGUCAUGUUGAAGGAUGGUUCGGAAUAGUGAAGCAACACAUCCUGCGAAAAAAAAAGCACAUGAGACCAGCAACCUUCAUUCGCACCAUGUACACAUCUCUGCAUGGAAGGUACAUAGAGCACACAAUGCAGCAUGACUUGCCAGAUCGCCUCAUCACUAAGCCUUUAAGAUCCACAGACAUAAAGUUUUCAGAGGAGACAUGGGCCAAGAAGAAUGAGAAACCUGAUGUGAAAGUGAGCAAGUCCAAGUACUAUACUGUUCCUGACACAAUGCCUGCACCUAAACAGAAAAGGGGACAAAAGAAACACACAGGCAAAAUAAGAAGUGUUGGUAACAAAACUGACACAAGAUGCUCAAACAAGGUCUUACAACUCCCUGCCAGCCAAGAGACAACACCAGAAGAGGCCAGUGAUGGUGAUACGAACAGCCAUGAUGAGAGCACUGAUGCGGAAGGUUCAGAGGUUGAUGUCCUUUGGAAAUCAAAUUCAACUGAAGUUGUUGUGGCUGUUGUGAGAUAUGCGAAACAGAAGCUUGAUUUCACCCUGCGGCACAGAGAAUUUCUCAGUUUAAGGCCUGAUGAACUGCUCAUAGGCGAGGUGAUUGGGUGCUACAUUCAAGUGAUUCUCAAUUCAAAGAAGUCUGCUGACCGACUAUACAACAUGAAUCACUAUGUAAUGGGACUAAUUUUACAUGGCACAAGAGAGCAGAUGGCCAGGCAAGGGUUGACAAAUGUAGGAUAAGUAAAUUGUCCUCAUUUAUUAUUCUCUUUUUUGCUUCUGUACAGAAAUAACACUGUACUUACUGUGACAAUUUUAUGACU